UACAGUAUAAAAUCAGUGAGAGAUGAAAGAGACUCACUGAACCCAUUUCCUUUGGUGUUCUGUAAUGAGACACAUUUUAGUCAAGAUUUUAAGACAUUCGUAUGAGUGGAUGAUUGAAACAGCAAUUCUAUUUAAAGUGGAAGUCAUUUCUUCGAGUUAAAAGACAUCCUCAUCUGUGGUAGAGUUGUCACGAUACCAGUAUCACGAUACUACGAUAACUGAUUUUCCCCUGGCAACAAGGAGAACACAAAGCAGUCCAAACGCAUUGAUUCGUUACAAAACCCUGCUGUAUGGAACAUAGUGUGAUAUAUUAAAGAAACAUGUGAUUCUGGGUGACAACAUCAGGCUGCUUGUUUCCAGCAUUAGGACUGUUGUCCUCAGGGUAUUCAGUCAGCUUCAUGUGUUGUGUCCUUUCCACGAAACCUCUCGAGUGUCGCCUCACUGACAUGGUGACAACCCUAAUCUGUGGGCUCAUAGUUGUUACUCCGUGUUGGAAAAGCUAUAUCCCUCGUGUCUUUUCUCCGUGUCUUUGUCCCACUGCCCCACCCCACCCCCACCCCAAGGACAUAUGACGGGGACGUGUUUGGUGAACACAACCAAGAUGUGUGAGGUGCUCGCCUGGUGUCCUGUGGAAGAUGACGGCAGUAUCCCAGACCCUGCGCUGUUGAUGUCGGCAGAGAACUUCACACUGUUCAUCAAAAACACAAUCAACUUUCCAGCCUAUGGUGUUACGAGGUGUAACCUCGUAGAAGGUAUCGACAAUCAGUACAUCAAAAGUUGCCUGUAUGACCCAGAGACGGCCCCACUGUGUCCCAUUUUCAGACUGGGCGACUUGGUACAGAUGUCUGGCUUCAACUUCGCCGCCAUAGCCAAAGUGGGUGGGGCGAUUGGUAUCAUCAUUGACUGGACCUGUAACCUGGACCAUGACCAGUCAGACUGUAAACCGAUCUACUCCUUCCACGGUCUCUAUGGAAACCCCGACGAGGCAGACACGGCCAGAGCAUCUGUGGGAUACAACUUCAGGUAUGCAAAGCACUAUAUGGAGGACAAGCAGGAGAAAAGGACGCUUCUGAAAGUAUUUGGGAUUCGAUUUGACAUCAUUGUUCGUUCAGUGGCCAGAAAAUUUGAUAUCAUUCCAACACUAACAGCUAUAGGAUCUGGUGUUGGAAUCUUUGGAGUGGCAACUGUAGUAUGUGAUCUGAUUCUCCUGUAUCUACUACCCAAGAGGGAAUUCUACAACAACAUGAAAUUCAAGGUCACUGAAACGAUGGAGAAGGAACCUUUGGAUGAGUUCACGUCUGAAAAAGAAGUAUCCAAGAAGCAUUCAGAAGAGGUUCUAGUGCAUCACGAGGCACCACUGUCAGAGACUUAGCCUCUACAGCAGCUGCCUGGAUCAGCUCAGUCUCAAGAGUGAUUCUGCAGAGGAGUCCUGACUGAGUAACAGCUGGCUGCGACUCCAACACACUGACUCCAGACUGCACUGAGACAUCUUAAAGCAUAAAACUAGUGUGAUGGUUUUCUGCCUUGUGUCCACUCUCCAGCUCAAUGAUUCAACUGCUAUUUAAUUGCCUUCAAAUCCUGUCAACAGAUCUCAAACAAUGCCCUUCCGGCUCAAUGAUUCAACUGCUAUUUAUUGCCUUCAAAUGUCAACAGACCUCAAACAAUGCUCUCAAUUUAGGAGAUUUUUUUAUUUUACCUUUAUUUAACUUGGCAAGUCAGUUAAGAACAAAUUCUUAUUUACAAUGACAGCCUAGGAACCGUGGGUUAACUGCCUUGUUCAGGGGCAGAACCACAGAUUUUUUCCUUGUCAGCUCAGGGAUUCGAUCUAGCAACCUUUCGGUUAGUGGCCCAACGCUCUAACCACUAGGCUACCUGCCGCCCCUACACUCUAACCACUAGGCUACCUGCCGCCCCUACACUCUAACCACUAGGCUACCUGCCGCCCCUACACUCUAACCACUAGGCUACCUGCCGCCCCUACACUCUAACCACUAGGCUACCCUGCCGCCCCUACACUCUAACCACUAGACUACCUACCCCCUCUACACUCUAACCACUAGACUACCUACCCCCUCUACACUCUAACCACUAGACUACCCUGCCGCCCCUACACUCUAACCACUAGACUACCUACCCCCUCUACACUCUAACCACUAGACUACCUACCGCCUCUACACUCUAACCACUAGGCUACACUGCCGCCCCUACACUCUAACCACUAGACUACCUACCCCCUCUACACUCUAACCACUAGACUACCUACCCCCUCUACACUCUAACCACUAGGCUACCUACCGCCCCUACACUCUAACCACUAGACUACCUGCCGCCCCUACACUCUAACCACUAGGCUACCUACCGCCACUACACUCUAACCACUAGGCUACCUACCCCCUCUACACUCUAACCACUGGCCGAGAUAGAUAGUUUUGGAACAUUCUUUCAGACAGCCACCCUCCUUUGUUUGUCUAAUAAUAAUCAGGACAGUUUAAUCAUUGGAAUGUGACACAAAACAAGGCAUCGAUGUGCUUUAGGAGCGCUGUUCCCUCAAUGUGUCAUAAUUAGAACCAUGUUUUAUUUUACCUUUAUUUAACUAGGCAAAUCAGUGAAGAACAAAUUCUUAUUUUCAAUGACGGCCUAGGAACAGUGGGUUAACUGCCUGUUCAGGGGGCAGAACGACAGAUUUGUACCUUGUCAGCUCAGGGGUUUGAACUUGCAACCUUCCGGGUUACUAGUCCAACGCUCUAACUGCCAGGCUACCCUGCCGGCUACUAUGUGUUAGUUUGUGUUAGUUUAGGGUUGGUUCAUUAACUGAACGAAUCAUGCGUUUUAUAACACAUUCGUUACCUUAAAGUACCCUGGUUUAUAACACAUUCGUUACCUUAAAGUACCCUGGUUUAUAACACAUUCGUUACCUUAAAGUACCCUGGUUUAUAACACAUUCGUUACCUUAAAGUACCCUGGUUUAUAACACAUUUUAUAAUAUCUGUUUAUAACACAUUCGUUACCUUAAAGCUGCGGUUCACUCAGAAACAUUCUCUAUUUUCUAUGGGGACACAUUUCUACACAAUUUGUCAUGGGGUGCAGGGAAAAUGUUGCCGUUUUAAAGGUAAUUUUCUUGCAAUUGUAUACAUUUUGCCAUGUCUAAUGUGUAUAUUUGAGUAUAUCAUACAUUACUACAAAAUCUCUGGGCUAAAAAAAACGUUAGCUGACGUGGGCUAGUAGAUCUGGACAGUUUCUGACUAGUUAUAAAUAUCUCUCUAAGGUCUGUAAUGACUGACGGGACAAGAGGAACUGAUGAUGUCCUACCCAAUAUAGAAGCUGCACCUUGUGUAUUCCACUACUACAACUUUCAAGAGUAAGUUGAAAGUCGGUUUCCAACCUCUUCCAUCAGCACAGCACACACCAUGUUGUCUUCAAGAAGCAGAAGAAUAGAUGACUACUGACUACUGUAUUCCACCUUCAAAUACUGUAAUAAUCACAUAUUUUUGAUCUUUAAAUCUUUCUCAUCAAUCAACAAGUUUGUGAGUGAUACGCAAAUUCAAUAAAACAUUGUUGAAGGUUG